AUUUUACUACCUUCCUUACUCAGUUAUUCAUUGUUCAUCCUCAUUAUUUGUUUCCUCCGAACCAGCUCCAGCGACCAUGAAACUGAAACCCCGUCUAGACCCGAGCCCCGCAAUAUUUUCCAUAACUGUGGUUCUAGCAACCAUCAUCCGUUUCCCAGUAUUCUGGUGCCAGGAAACUCCAUACGAUAUAUGUAGCCAGUCAGACUCCUGUGGCAAUUUUGAAUUCGGGUAUCCUUUUUGGGGGUUAAACAGGCCGUAUUAUUGCGGUCGCCUGGGUUUUCACCUAACCUGUCAACUUACUGUUCCAGAACUCAUUAUAGAAUCAGUAAAUUAUCGGGUCCUGGUGUACAAUAGCAGAACACAUACGAUCACUGUUGCUAGAUCUGAUCUCUGGAGCAACAUAUGCCCUCAAUAUCUCCACAACACCACCUAUAACUCCACCCUUUUCAACAGCGAUAAUUUCGGCCAGGUGAAUGUAUCUCUGUACUACAGAUGCCAAGAAAAUACAUCGGUAACCAUGGAUGCUAAUUAUCGAUUAAGUUGCGAUGUGAAUGGGAGCCGCCGGAAUGAUAGUUAUUUCUCUCCAAACAGUUUGAGCGUCACCAAUAUUUCCAGUUUCUUGAUGGUGCAAUGCAACAAUUCUAUCACUGUGCCAGUGGGUGGAGCUUAUUACGAUAUUGCUUCAGAGAGUGAUCUGAGAUACGCCUUGCAGGAGGGUUUCAGGCUAGAGUGGAUGGCGAAUAAUGACGAAUGUGAUCGGUGUAUUAAGUCCAACGGUCGAUGUGGGUCUAACGCAACUUCACCUGAGCAGUUUGUGUGCUACGGAAGUGGAGGAGUGGAUGCAAAGAGUAGCUCUCUGGGUAUAGUACUUGCAAGCUUUGGAGCAGCUAUUGCUGUUGUCGUCGUCGGAUUUGGAAUCUUUUUCUGGAAAAAGAGGCGCGAAGGACCUGAAGGUGCAAAUGAUCAAAUAGAAAUAUUCAUAAAGAACUAUGGAAGUCUGGCACCAAAAAGAUACAAGUUCUCUGAAAUCAAGAAAAUGACGAAUUCAUUCCAAGAGAAACUGGGAAAUGGAGGGUAUGUGAGUGUUUAUAAAGGACAAUUGCCGGAUGGGCAUCUAGUUGCAGUGAAGCUCUUGAGUGAAGUGACCGGAAAUGGAGAAGAUUUCAUUAAUGAAGUUGCUAGCAUCAGUAGAACUUCUCAUGUCAACAUAGUCACUCUUUUAGGUUUCUGCUUUAAGGGAAAGAAAAGAGCCUUGCUGUAUGAAUAUAUGCCAAAUGGAUCUUUGGAUAAGUUUCUACGUGGUGAUGGCCUUCGUUUGGACUGGAGCACAUUGUUGCAAAUUGCAAAAGGGAUUGCCAGAGGUCUGGAGUACCUGCACAAAGGUUGUAACACAAGAAUCGUGCAUUUUGACAUAAAGCCACACAACAUCUUGUUGGACGAAGAAUUUGUUCCAAAAAUAGCUGAUUUCGGGUUGGCUAAGUUGUGCAAGAAGAAAGAAAGUAUUGUGUCUGUAAUGGGUGCAAGAGGUACUGCCGGAUACAUGGCCCCUGAAGUAUUUAUCAGUAGUCUUGGAGGAGCGUCUCACAAAUCUGAUGUGUAUAGCUACGGGAUGAUGAUUCUUGAAAUGACGGGUGCACGCAAGCACACUAACGCUAGAAGGACAAGCACAAGUGAAGAAUACUUUCCAGAUUGGAUAUACAAGCAAGUAGAAGUUGGAGGCAAUUUAGGGGACAAUGGAGUGACAACCGAAGUGGAAGAUGAAUUAGCAAGGAAGAUGAUGAUGGUGAGCCUGUGGUGCAUUCAGUCAAAUCCAUCAGAUCGGCCAUCCAUAAGUAAAGUUGUGGAGAUGCUAGAAGGAAGCAUUGAAUCGUUGCAAGUUCCACCUAGACGCUUUGAGUCAUCUCCAUCAAGACCUUUCCAAGGUACUCCCUCGUAGUGGCAUCUAUGAGAAUUCAUGUACCAUGUUCGAGCUUGAAAAAUGUGCCCUAAUACCUUUACAAUUAUGUUUUAUUUUUUUUUUAUUUUUUAAAAUCAAAUUAGUAUUGGGCCAAAUAAACCUAAUGUCAAGUGAGCUAAAUUCUAGACCAUAAAAGAAUAUUUGUAAAUGCCCUCUUUUGUAAUUGAUAUGUGUUUACUAUUUAAAAAAAUUGACAUAUC